UCUUUGUACCGCUCUGACUCCACUUUGGACAGACGGAGUCUUUCUUUCAGCAUUGUGUUGUUUCGCUGUUGGUGCUUGAUUGUCUCAUUUAGUGAAGUAUGCUCAUUAUUUAAAUCAAGCAAUUCAUAAACACGUAUCUGGUAGUCAUCGGAUAGCACGUUAUUUUUUUCCUUCUCGGCUUCCAAUUGAAUAUGAAGCUUUUCGUUUGUUGCUUUGCUCUUCUUGUUUUCCUGGACUUCGCUUUUUAACAAAUACCUGAGCUCUGCUUCUCUCUCAGCGGCUUGGUUCCUAAUUUGUUUAAGCUCGGAGACCCGAGCAGCUUCUUGGUUUUUAAUGAUGUCUUCCUUCUCUUGUAGUUUGUUUUUAAGACUUUCAAUCAUAUCGUCUUUUUCGCUGAUUAUUUUAGCUGAAUCCUGGCAUUGUUUCGUCAGUUUUUGGACCUGCAUUUGAUAUCUUUUUUCAACAUCUUCAAGUUUUUUCUUGAGGUUGUUGAUGGUCUCAUAACAAUUGUCUGUGACCUGUUUGAUUUCACUCUGAGCAGCACGAGUCUCAGAUCUCACUGUUUCCAGUUCCCGUUCGUGAGAUUGUUGUAAUUCGGCCUUUUCUUGAGCUGCUGCACUGCUGAUUGCAGCUAAUUGCUUCUCAUAUUCUUUUUGCUGUUUCUCGUAAUUAUCUUUUUCAUUAUUAAGCUCUUCUUUUCUUUUCUUUGCUUCCAGUUCUUUAGUUGUUUUUUCAGCUUUGGGUUUGGUUUUGGGUUUGGACGCCAUUUCUGUGCUCUCUGGUUUCGAGAAAUGUUCUCCAGUGUAUGAAAAUCCUGGGGCGUACUUCGAGGUUUUUAACAUUCAAAGGCGGAAAUGCUGCUUUGAUCUCCAAAGCACACAAGUCUAGAAUGCUGCUGACGUCAGACAGAACUUGUGCACGUUGGUUGUCAUGGUGACGUGUAUAGGCGUACGGCUCGCGGGGGAGGAGAAGGUGAGAGGCACAGCUGUGUGGGUUCUAUGAUUUACCUGAACUCACCUGGAUACAUGGUUACGUGUGUGUGUAGGUGGUGCUGGUGUUCUCAGGUGUCUGCGCUCGAUGGUUUCCUGUCCUCCAGCCUGGAUCUUUCUACAGACUCAUCGCCGCUAACACCCAGGACAGGAAGUGUGUACUUCACGUACUUACCUGUCAGCUCCAUAACUGUCGUCUCCCUGGGAGAUACGAGCUCAGCCUGCCCUCCACCUGCUCCCAUCAUGCACCUGGGCCAGUGGGCUCUCAGCAGCGAGCAGAGUUGCACUGUGGGACAGGUCAAAGGUCAUGUGGUGUGUUGCUUGUUCCUGCAGCUUCAGUGGAGCUGUUCGCUGUGUGGCAGUGUGUACAGACAGGCCUGCAGCAGCUCUCAGUGUCGUUCGACCUCGUCUGUCUUUCAGUCCAAAGCAAAGCUGGUGAUUGAUGAUGGGACAGGUGAGGCUCAUGUGUGGUUCUCAGGUGCGCUGGUUCGUCCUCUGAUGGGAUUGACUGAUGCUCAGUGGGAGGGGCUUCAGAGAGCACUCCGGGUCAGAGGUCACGUCAGAGUCUACCCUCGCGGGCAGAGCCAGCAGUGAUGUCAUGAAUCGGCCGCUCAGCCUCACCUGCAGGAAACACACCAACCGGAGACCCCAGGAGGUGAGGAAGUUCACGCGAGGAGACAGAGACUUCCUGACCAGACUGACUCCUCCCCUUCAGCUCACCUGUCUGCACCUCCACCCUGACUGACCUCCACCUGCUUCACUCUAACUUUAUUUGUUUUUUUACAUGUUCAUACAGACAAAUAAAACUUUAUUGU